GGAGACAAGUACUGGAAGCAUUGAGAAAGAGAGUGGUUAAUGAGCAUACAGUUGCUGAUAAAUAUGGAAAAAUAUUUAAAGGAGCUUCAUGAUACUACUUAUACACCACCAUCUACUGAAGCAGUUUCUAUUCUUCAAAGGAAUAUUCAAUCAUUGAAUGAAGCUCUUGUCUCUCCUGUACAAGUGUCUCAACUGUUAUACUGUAAGAGAUGUAUAAGUGAAGCUGCUCUGGAUGAAAUGGAGAGGAUAGAUCAGAGGAGGUCACUGGAUGACAAGAAGACCACUCUAUUGACAGCCAUGAAAGAAGCAGUAUCUAGCGACUACAGGAAACUUAAAGAUAUUGCUAGAGUGCUGUCUGAUGUUAAAGAAACAAGAGAUAUAGGCAAUGAAAUGAUGACCAAAUAUGAAGAGACAAUUUCUCAAGAGGAUGAUAUUGAUAGUACAGUAGUGCAACCACAGGAGGCAGUAGGUGGUAAUGAAGGACUUGCUAGUGAUAUAUUGAGGAAUAAUUACAGUGCUCUCUCUCAGUCAAUUACUGAACCAGUUCGUGUGGCAAGGUUGCUUCAUGAAGAGGUUAUAUCUGAUGAGGCUCUGUCUUGUGUCAUGUCUACCAGAGGUUCUGUGUCUGACAGUAGAGCAGUUCUCCUCAAAGCUGUACGAGAUGCUGUUCACUCCAAUUACAAACACCUGGAGUUGUUUGUUACUGUAUUGAGGAAGUUCUCAGAGACUGCUCAUAUUGGAGAUACUAUCUUUGAAGAAUACAGUCAAUAUUUUCAUGACAAAGACAAUACUAUGGAAGAAAUGGAGACUUACCUUACAGAAAGAAAAUCAUUAAGAGGUGCUUCUUCUGCUGAAUCAGGAAGUGAAUCAUUUGAAGAAGUGAAAGAGAUACUUGGCAGACAUAAAAUCCUUUUUCCUCGUAGUAUGGAAGAAAAGUUUCAAGAAUUAAGAAUAAAAUUUGGCUCAACAUUUUUUCAAGUUCGGCGCAAUUUUGCUAAAGAUCAAAAUUUAAGCAUUGAUGAAAUGAAGCUAUUAGUCAUCGAUUGUUUUCCUGAUCUUAGUUCUCAAGUUUUUAACAAGAAGACGAUCAAUGGAGUACUGGAGGUGGUGAAGAUGAGAUGUAAUAUCAUUAACAUGCGUCCGUUAGAAGUAUUAACUGUAGAAUUCAACAUAAAAGAAGCUGAAAAAGUCAUUAAAAUCUACAAAGAAUAUGCUAGAGAUUUCUGCAAAUCAACAUCUACUGAAUUAUGCCUUGACAAAGAGCUUCAAGCAGUUCCUACUCCUUCUCGUCUCAAAAAAGAAACUGUUGUAUUCAUUCUUGAAUGGAACCCGAAUGAAUCAACACUGCAAGAUAUCAAUGAUGUACUUGAGAAGCUGGAGCCACUGAAAAACUAUUUUAUUCAAAUUGAUACAAUUAAAACUGGUCAAUCAGUUGUAGUCACCUGCUACU